GUGAAACUUUCGCAAACAAUGCUGAAAUAGAAUCAUUACGUUCCAUAGGCAAAAAAUCCAAUGGAAGGCAAAAGAAUGAAAAGCCAAGUCAAUCAAGCCAAUGUCCAAAGUCCAUAGGCCACGUAGUAGCAAUCUUCUCGGCGCGUCAACCUGCAUUGCUUACUGGCUGCUCUGUUUGACCUUCGUGCCCUCAAUCAAAAGCUCUCCUUUUCUGUUCUCAUAUGCCUAUUUUAUACUCGAGCUGCGUAGCCACUGACACUCUGUUUGAAUCAAUAUUAGCCAUAUUAAGGCAAAACAAAUUUCUCCCUGUCCCUUGGAAUUAAAGAAAAAUGUUGUCUGAUGGUGGUGACAGAAUGGCACUGCCAUCUCAUGUGGUCCCAAACGGCAGCGCUUCACAGGACUCCGGCCAUGCCCGUCUCCAUGAACUUGGCUACAAACAAGAGCUCAAGCGUGACCUCUCGCUGCUUUCAAAUUUUGCCUUUUCAUUUUCAAUCAUAUCGGUGCUUACCGGUGUGACCACUCUUUACAACACUGGACUCAAAUACGGUGGUCCAGUUUCUGUUGUUUAUGGAUGGCUUAUAGCUGGUUCUUUCACCAUCUUUGUUGGGUUGUCCAUGGCUGAGAUUUGUUCUUCCUACCCAACUUCUGGGGGUCUAUACUAUUGGAGUGCCAAGCUUGCUGGCCCAAGAUGGGCACCCUUUGCUUCUUGGCUCACUGGCUGGUUCAACAUAGUUGGUCAGUGGGCAGUCACAACGAGUGUGGAUUUCUCACUUGCACAGCUGAUUAACGUGAUCAUUCUCCUUAGCUCAGGUGGAAGAAAUGGUGAUGGUGUUUCGGGAGAUAAAUAUGUAGUCAUUGGUAUCCAUGGAGGAAUUUUGUUUCUACAUGCUCUCAUAAACAGUCUUCCCAUCUCGUACUUAUCUCUCUUUGGACAGCUAGCUGCUGCAUGGAAUAUUGUAGGUGUCUUUGUCCUUAUGAUUCUCAUUCCCUGUGUUGCAACGGAGAGGGCAAGUGCCAAGUUUGUGUUCACUCACUUCAACACUGAUAAUGGGGAUGGAGUCAACAACAAAGUUUACAUUUUUGUUCUGGGACUCUUAAUGAGUCAGUAUACCAUAACUGGCUAUGAUGCAUCUGCCCAUAUGACAGAAGAAACCAAGAAUGCUGAUACAAAUGGACCAAAAGGAAUAAUUAGUUCCAUCGUGAUAUCUAUUAUCGUUGGAUGGGGUUAUAUACUCGGGAUCACCUUUGCUGUUACUAACAUCCCAUACCUUUUGGAUGAGACUAAUGAUGCUGGUGGUUAUGCCAUUGCUGAAAUAUUUUACCUGGCAUUCAAGAGUAGAUAUGGCAGUGGAGUUGGAGGAAUUAUAUGCCUGGGAGUCGUUGGUGUUGCCAUAUUCUUCUGUGGUAUGAGUUCAGUUACUAGCAACUCCAGGAUGGCUUAUGCAUUCUCUAGAGAUGGAGCCAUGCCAUUUUCAUCAUUUUGGCAUAAAGUGAAUAAGCAUGAAGUCCCAGUAAACGCAGUUUGGCUUUCAGCCUUGGUAUCAUUUUGCAUGGCACUGACAUCUCUUGGAAGCCUUGUGGCAUUUAAUGCCAUGGUAUCUAUAGCAACCAUUGGACUGUACAUUGCUUAUGCCCUACCCAUCUUCUUGAGGGUGACCUUGGCACGCAAAUCCUUUGUCGCAGGACCUUUCAACUUGGGACGCUACGGGGUCCUUAUUGGUUGGAUUUCAGUGCUUUGGGUAGCAACCAUCACGGUCCUCUUUUCGUUGCCUGUUGCCUAUCCAAUUACUAUUGAGACACUCAACUAUACUCCUGUUGCAGUUGGGGGUUUGUUACUUAUUACAGUUUUAGCUUGGAUCUUGCGUGCUCGGCACUGGUUUAAAGGUCCUAUAACCAACAUAAAUGAAUGAACUUGUGUAUAUUCAGUGAUUUUCAUUUCUUCCAAUCAUCUAUAGAAAAAGAUUAUUUUUUAAGCAAGGCAUCUGCUGCAAUUUACUUCUUUUUAAUUAUAUUAAAAGCUGAUGACUUAAUUUG